AUGGCAUCGGAGACAGCAAACCCAAGUCAGCUGGAGCUGAUGUCCAGCAAAGCAUCCACCCUAGCUAAUGACAUUACUCACGGGAGAAUCACAGCGAAGUCGGUUAUCAGGAUGGAUGUCGCUCGCAGCGUCACCUGGAUCCGACUCGUAUCUUCCCGUUGGCUUUUUGUCGCUUCAUCGGAUACGUCCAGCAGCAGCCUCACACUAUGGGACGUAUUUUCCCCUGGUAGUGAUGGAACCUCUCCUCUCGCUGAGUGCUUCCUGCCGGGACCGGUCGAGACAGGCGAAGUGUGCAUACAUAAUGGAGAGUUCAUUGUAGCCAUAUCAGUUGAAACACUGCACCCGACCACUCGUAUUCUAUCUGUCGUCACCAUGAAUGAAAAGCUGCUCUUCGCAGAAAUGAAGGCGAUACCAGGGUACAGUCACGUCGUGCUUAUCUACGAUGAAUGGGUUCUUGUCGCCCUCAAAGGCAACAAAGCUAUACCGUACGCCGUAAAGUGGAAGAAUGGCAAGGCGUUUCCUUUAUCGGAGACGCUUGACGAGCUGGGUACGAUGGUGAAGGCGUGCUUUUGGAACGGACAUGUGGUGAUGGUGUCACCUACACGAAUCAAGCUGUUCACAAUCUCCUCUUCAGACGACCCUCCUACACUGAUUGCAGAGUAUCCUAUCAGGAACGACGUUGAGUGUCCACUGCCCUUUGUCGACGUCACCAUCCUCCAUAAAGUCAGCACGCUCUUGAGUCUUUAUGAGCUCUCACAGGAGGAACCUUGCGAGCUUAAGAUUCUCGUGCGCACGGGGUACGGAGCGAUUGAUCAGUACACUCUGUGCCGAGACGCUGCUAAGCUGCCGCCGUUUGUCAUUACACGCAAAUGGAAGGCCGAGGAUUGGCCCGCGGCUCAUAUAUUCUCACCGGGGCUAUCCGGACGCCACAUCAUGUUCCUGUACGAGUCCAACUUUCUCAGGGGGAAUCCCGAUCCACCAUCGCUCGCAAUCCUCGAGGUGUCUCAAUUCAUGCUUGCACAGUCCUACUCUACUCAUGGCGGUCGCGCUGUCAUCCCCUAUACAGACGCCAAGCCCAGCACUUGGACGUUUCCCCAGCUCGCCUUUGACGACUAUCUGGGGUUUAUCGUCUUAGGGAACAUGAUGGGCGAGUUGGCCAUUAUAGAUUUGACGCAGACACCCUUGGCAGCGCUUUGGGCUCCAAACCAAACUCCGAUACGGUCACUGGGUCCCUCAGACGCAUUGCUACCUACGCACGCCGUCGCCUUGAGCAUCUUUCCGUCGCCGUGGAACCGCCCGGACGACGAGGAUUCUGAUUACGAUCAGGAAAGCGAAACCAGAUUUUCUAGACACCGCGUGUUUCCGGUGCCGCAGGAGAAAGUUCCAAACGGCUGGGGGACCAACUUGUCUUAUCAAGUAUCGCAGUUCGUCGACGAUCCUCGCGGGUUCGACCAUUGCCAUGCCUUGAGGAGUCUGGGGUUGUUCUACAUGGGGGGUUUAUACUUUUUAUGGGGCGUAGAGUUCGACGAGAAACUGGGAUGCGUCGUUUUCCCCGUAGGCAUGGACCUAGACCAAAUUUUGGAACAUUUGGGGGAGAACGUUUACGGCGAGAUUGAUCUACUCGAGGACAUCGGUGCAGUAUGGCUCGACGGAGCGCCUUCAUCCGUUUCAAUUAAGGCUCGUGCAUGGAGGUUAAGCGAGUGCUUUGAAAGCAAGAAUGGAAGACAGGGGUGGCCGUCUACCUUUGCUUUUAUUGGAGCAGGAAGACAGUGA